UCAAGCCUUUAUUAUGUGCAAUGAUAUCUUCAUCACCAUCCUCCAUCGAUGCACUGAAAGCGGUUAGCGUGAACCAUUCUAAGACACAGGUUGUCAAUAAUGUCCAAAUAAUUAAAGCACUAUACAUAUAAUACAAUGAAAUAUUUUAGUUUAACGAACAGGUACCUAGCCGUUUGUUAGUUUAACAUAUUCUAAAAAGAAAACAAACUGUCGACAUGUCUAAUGUUAUAAAUAUUUUUAUUAUAACAACAUAAAAAGGACAUGUAAGAGAGAUAUUCAAGACUUUGAAGGAUGAAUGUGGCAAUUAAUUUCAUAGCCUAUAGCAUGGGAUUAAUGUUAUGUGUUUACUGCAGUAGUGAUGGUAAGUUUUAAUAUUAUAUGCAGCAAAUGAUGUAAUGACAUAAAUACCCGCAGGAUGCUAUUUACAUUUUACACGUUUAAAUAUGCCAAUUAUAUUUGUUGGUGCAAAACUUUUUAAAAUUUUCAAUAUUAAUCACCAAUUGUAUUAUUUUUAUUUUCUUCUUGUGAAAUAUGAUUAUAAAAUUCUUCCAUCACCACUGGAAUACUAUUGAUACAAAAAAGGAAUUCUUGAAGUGGUCUAGUUUUUAAUGAAUUCACUUUAGUAUGAAAAGAACCAUUACCAAAAAUAUAUCCCCAAGCAUAGAAUUUUAGAAAAUACUCUUAGUUUAUUCUUUGAAAAAGACACUAAUUAUGCCUAAAUAAUAUUUUAAUAUAUCCCUUUCCUAACAAAAUAUUGCUUAUAAUAACGUUUAAAUGGGAAAUUAAUCUAUUACUAGGAAAUAUAAAAUUAAAAUGUACUUUAAUAAUAAUUCCAACAAAAAAGAACAUCUGAAAAGUUAUAUCUAUAUUAAUUACUUGAUCAUAUAAAACACAUAUUUUUCAGGGGUACAACACACCAAAUCAUGUAAUCCUGCUGAAGAAUUCAAAGAUUAUCAGUUUAGUUUUUUGUAUGGUUCAAAUGAUUUUAAAGAAACCAUUCAAAUUAAGGCAGAUCGUAAGACCAUUGGAAACUGUUCAUUAAUUACUAACACGUGUCGCGCCUUUUCUUCUGGUUACGUCAACCUUAGCAUGCAGGAAUAUUAUGGAAAUAAAAUUUUGAUACUGACGAUAAGAAAUAUCUCUAGGAAUCACCAAUUCAAUGGUCUGCUGUUUUCUACUUCGUUUUUGAACCCGUUUAAAAUUCAAAGCCGUCUUGAAUGCAGGCCAUUAGUGUUUUGUGAGUAUUCAUUUAGUAUGUUUUAGAAGUAUGUGUCUGUGAAGAAAUCUCAUUGCAUAUGAAAUAUUUCCAUUUUAAAUACUCAUUUUUAUUUAAAAAUAAAUUUCACUAACCUAUAUAAGGCUUUGAUGCAUUCAUUUUAUAAUACGCAGCAAAAGCAAGAAGAUUUUCAUGUGCCUCAAAUAUAUCUCGAACUGGAGUAAUAGUAACAUGUUCAGCCCAAAGUAUAUAUCCACAAGGAAGAUGUCAUGUUUAUAUAAAUAAUACUUUACAAAAAGUAGGUUACAUCUACAAAUCAUUUUCAUGUCAUCUCCGUUAUAUCUGUACUAUCUCUCUCUCUCACGCUCCCAUCUCGCUCUCCCUCUCUCUCUCUCUCUCUCUCUGUGCGUGUGUGUAUGUGUACCUCUCUGAUUUUCAGCUCUCUCUCGGUCUCUCUCAUUCUCACUUAUUAUUUAAAUCCCAAUCUCUCACAUCUUUACUUAUUUUGAGUGGUAAAGCAGACACCAAACUGUUAUAUUUUGUUAUGUAAAUGUUGAUAUGAUUUUAGCGUAUUUUAGUUUGUGUAUAGAAUAUGUUUAGGUCUUGAGUUUUGAGGGAAAUGUAUUCCUAAUGGUUAACUGUCAUUGGUUUAAGAUUCAGUGUCAAACAACUUUUUAGAAUGUUUAUAUGCUGGGAGCACUAGGAUAUAUGGCAUAGUGUACCUUUAUUCUGAGAGUGUCAGGAAAUUAUUUAGUUUUUUCUAUGUUUUUAGUGAGUUAAACGAUCAUGAAGUUGUUGUUAGAUUUGUGUUUGGCGUUUCUUACGAACCGGUCCUUACCAAGGCUGGUUAGCUUCGUUUGUCUGGGCAUUAUUCAUUUUUAAUUUAAAAAAUCAAUGCCUCGUAAAUCAAACGUAUCUUUAUUCAAAUAUAAUACACAGCGAAAAUCUAACUCUUUGGCACAGCCAUAGAUCCACAUCAUAACAACCACUCUAAAACGUCAUUUACGCUUAGCAAAAUACGUCACAAAAUACCAAGCAUUUACUAGCAAAAUUAACCCAAAUACUCUCCAAACAACGCGAAAUCACAUAUACAUGCAAGUCCUUAACAGCGUUGUAGAUUAUGAUAAUAUUUUUGUAAAAAUCAUAUAUUUACUUCACGAAUAAAGAUGAAAUUGGUAAGUGCGUCAUUUUCUCGUAAUAAUAAAUCAUUAAUGGUAAGCAAAAUUAAGAAUUAAUCCCUUGACAAAACUGAGCCAUCCAACUGCCUAUCACAUAACUGAUAAUCCCUAUGCUUUCGCCGUAGUAACUACGCUUUGAAGCCUAAGUCUACGGCAUUACGACGAACCUAAAAAAAAACUACAGUUUCUUGAUUUUCUUUUACGAUUGUUGGGAUUAAUUUUAAUUUUAAAAAAUAAAUAAUGAGGAUGUUUUCAAUAAAAAAAUUACCUCAUUUUUUGUGUAACACCGUAAGCCAUCGAAUAAGAAUAACGGUGAUUGACCUCUGCGGUCUCGAUCUCAAUAAAUCGAGCAUAAUAUUAUCUUCAAGAGAAUUGCGUUGUUAAAACUGAAUUGCCAAUGCGCUUGCCCCAGACCUUUCCUCAUCCUUAAGAAACGAAUCGCAGGACAAUAUCCUUUAUAAUUAUUUGUGUUAACUUUCGUAAGCAGUUUAGUGAACUUAUUUUAAUUGAAAACCAGCUCCCCCAUCCUCCCUCACAAAAUCCGGGCUAAUUGACCAAACUUCUUUAAAGCUGACACUAACCCAUCGAUAAAAAAGUCAGAAAACAUUAUUUUAUAACAGCAACAAGAGAUUGGAAAAAGGGCAUACCAAAUAUUUCUGAAGCUCCCUUCGGUUAUUACGAUUUUGGUCAUAAGCUGCCAAGAGUAUGGCCUUAAUUUAAAAUUAGUUUUAAUAGUUGUAAAUGCAUCUAAUAUAAUAUGUUCAAUGGUUUAUUAGAAAAAAAAAGUGAAUUUAAAAAUAAGUAAAUGAAACAAUUAUUUUAAAAUCGUGUUAAGCUCAAUUGCUGGCUAUUCCUAAAUUGCAACUUUGAGUCAGGUUAGUGCCUUUUUUCAAUUAAUACUUUGCAUUUUUUUAAAGGUUGGACUGGGCAAAAGCUUCUAAGUAUAAUAAUUGAAACAUUUUUUGUAAAUAAAACAAUAUGAUUUUAGUUCUGUUAAUGAUUAGAAAAAAAAAACGUUUGGUAAAUAUCAUUAUCAGUAGGAAAAUAUCGUAAAAGUGUCUACUCAAUUUAAAUAAAGUAAAGAAUAAGAAUGAGCAAAAGUCCUUAGCAAAAACAAAACUCAGAGGAAUGGAAAGAUAGCGGAUGAAAGUACAACUGAGCAUUAGCAUUUUAGCUAAAAAAAAUUUAAGUUGCGUUGUAUUUUUUCAAAAGCCUAUAUAUAUAUAUAUAUAUAUAUAUAUAUAUAUAUAUAUAUAUAUAUAUAUAAAAUAUAUAAAAAAAAUAUAUUUUGUUUUAUAUUUUUACAAAAGUAUAUAUAUAUAUAUAUAUAUAUAUAUAUAUAUAUAUAUAUAUAUAUAUAUAAAGUAGAUAAAAAGUAUUAUGGUUAACAUGGCAUUUCCUUUUGUCUAUUCUCAUGUUUUUAAACGAACAACUUGCUUUAAAUACAACCAUUUCUUUUUGCCAUUUUCAAACGAGCAAAGUAUUUCAAAUUUUUUAUUAGAGCAUACACUUUAUUUCAAUAAAUAUGUUUUCUUCUGAAAGUUAAAUAUUCAAUCAAGACAUGAGGUAUUGAUGGAAACACCGACGUAUUUUACAAGUGCUUGCACUUUUUUGCUGCCUAAUUCAAGUCUAAGGUCAGGAAAUUGUGAUGUAAAUGUCACAAUGUACCCAAAUGUCACCAACAAUGACACAGAUGUUUUAUAUGGGAC